UCUAGAAAUCCUAAAUAGGAAUCCUCCUCCUAUCAAACUUCGUCAAUACCCCAAACCCCCCGCCUCCCUGCUUAGGAUAGGGGGCUCAGGUUUAUUACUUCCCGGUUUUUUUUUUGAUUUUUUCCCCAAAUAGAAACAACAAUGGAUCUCUCUUCCUCUCCUCAAGCAUAACGAUGACGAUGAUUCUGAAUUGAUGAUGAUGAUGGCGGUUAUGGUGACGGUGCAGCAUUAGUUAUCUGUGAAUUCCGCAGAUAGAGAGAAGAAUCUUAUCGAAGAAAGAUUAUUUCGGAGGCAAAAAAAGAUGUGUGUGAUUCGUGAGGGAGGAGAAGACGAGAAACGGGUUGGUUUAAUCGGCGGGGUGUUUGUGCCGCCGCCCAACUUCGCGGCGGUGGAAGAUUUCUGCAUUUACAGAUCAGGGUUUCCGCAGCCGUCUAAUUUCCCCUUUAUUCAAUCCCUUAAUCUUCGCUCUAUCAUAUAUCUGUGUCCGGAGCCUUACCCUGAAGAGACUAAGGAGUUUCUCCGCCUUAACAAAGUUCAGCUUUUCCAAUUUGGGAUGGAAGGCACCAAGGAGCCAUCUGCUAUCCCCAGGGGUGCCAUAACAGAGGCUCUCAAAGUCUUAAUUGAUGUGAGAAAUCAUCCAGUGCUGAUCCAUUGCAAGCGUGGAAAACACCGAACUGGUUGUCUUGUGGGGUGCCUCAGGAAACUGCAGAAUUGGCGUCUGUCAUCUGUGUUGGAAGAGUACAAACAUUUUGCUGGCGUGAAGUGGAGAGAAUCUGACAUUAGGUUUCUCGAGGAAUAUGAUGUUUCUUGCAUCCGGUAUUCCCUUCAGAGCAUCAUCUACCGCUACUAUGGCUCAAAGAAGAGGCGCUUACUGUAUGGAGAAGAAGAGAGUGUACAGAAGCCCAGGAUCACUUCAGGAAAAGAAAUAUCAUUAGUUGGAAAUCAACCCACCAAGGAGAAAAGGAGGAGUGACAAUUCCCUGACCAAACGUUUAAUGCGAUUCUUUCGGACGAAGUUAUUCAAGAAACGUUGUAAAAGUCUGAUUUAAAGAGUCAUAUUUUUUGUAUUCUUGUGUAUAACUAGUAGUAACAAGUAUUGUCUUCAUAACUUAUAGCUCAUUUUGUAACACAUUGACUUCAAAGAAAAUAAAAUGCCAUCAUUUCAACAUUA